GUCGAUGCACGGACAUCGACGAUCGCGCGGCGCGGGCGCCGGGAGGAGGACAGCGGCGCGGGGUAGCGGAUUGACACCGGCUUCGUCACUUCGUGCAGCAACGCCGCCCGCGACACUUACUUGUUUAUCUUGUUUUACUCUUUUUAUAAACUUACCAAAUAAUACAGUCCACUCUUUUAUUUUAUACAUCACCGGUCUACCCCAGAGCAGUUCGAAACAUGGUCCUUUAGUUUUGUCAGCUUAAAACUCACCGGAAUAAAACCUGUACAACAAACUGUCGGCGUUGGUUGGCCAUUUAAAAACGAACGGACGUUUUACUGUUCACUACGUUGAAGCUGCAAGGAGUCGUGAAUAUUGGACUUCGGAAUAUUGGACGGAUUGCAUACCUGAGUGAGUUCGUUCCAAUCAGACAACCUUUAUUCCCUCAUAUUUUUGCCGUUUAGCGCAUUCAAUUUUUUACCUAAUUUUCGCCUCAAUUUGCCAAAAUAAAAACUACCCUCAUCUUACAAUCAAAAUUCAUUCUUAUUCUUUAAUUCUUAUUUCAUUAUUCUUAUUAUUUCUGUUUAUUUUGCUUAUUAUAAUACAUUAUGAGCCAACAUUCUGAGGAUUUAGAUACUCUUAUUAAGCGACGAGGUGCAAUUAAAGCCAAACUUACUAUUUUCAGAAAUUAUAUUAAACCUCUUACUAGUUUUUCUAGCUUGACCGACUUGCAACGUUUUGAGUUGGAAGGACGUUAUGAGCGUAUUCAGUGUUUAUACAACGACUUCGACAAGUUACAGACGGAGAUCGAGACGUUGUUGGACGCACCCGAUGACGACUUUAAAUCCCGGUGUGAGUUCGAGGACCAAUACCAUCCUGCGGUGGCACUGGCGCGAAGCCUGCUUUCAGCAACUACCAACUCAGAAGAUUCAGGUAGGGUACACACAAAUGUUCGAUUGCCCAAAAUUGAUUUGCCACAUUUUGAUGGUAGCGUUCAGGGUUGGCUCGAAUUCAAAGAUACCUACAUUUCCCUCAUCCAUAAUAAUAAAUGUAAUGAUGAUAUUAUGAGAUUUCAUUACCUUCGGUCCUGUUUACGCGGCAGCGCGGCUUUAGUUAUUAAAAAUAUAGAUUUUACCAGUGAAAAUUACAAUAACGCUUGGGACUUGCUAUGUCAGCGGUACGACAAGGACCAGCUGUUAAUACACAACCACGUUCAAGCGUUGUUUAGUGUUGCACCGUGCUCCAAAGAGUCCAGUAAAAGCUUGCGCUACCUUAUUGAUGUCACAAAUAAAAAUAUUAGGGCAUUAAAAACUUUAAAGCAGCCAACUGAACAUUGGGACACAUUAAUCAUCUUUAUGAUCUCACAGAAACUAGACAGCAGCACAAGCCGAUACUGGGAGGAGCAUCGUAACAAACUUUCAGAGCCCCCUACUUUAAAUCAAUUUAUUUUUUUUAUUGAAAAUCAAAUUAACCUACUUGAAAAAAUAGAAGAAAAUAGUAAAAUCAACCUUAAAUCUAAAGAAACAAAUAACAAUAAUUACAAUAACAAAUCUACAAAUUACAUCAUACAAUCUAAUAGCAAUCAAAUUCAAUCAAAUCAUUCGAAAUGUCCAUUAUGUAAUGAAAAUCACUUGCUUUACACCUGUAAAACAUUCAGGAGCUUACCUACUGAGGUGCGCAUUGAAAAGGCAAAGAAUUUAAAAGUUUGUAUGAAUUGCUUACGCUUAGGUCAUACUGAUAGAACGUGCAAGCUAUCCCAUUGCAAGUACUGCAAAGCACGACACAAUACCCUUUUACAUUCAGAGCCUGAGCGUAGCGCAGCGUCAAACCCCAUGCCAGGCGCUGAUAAUGUUGCUUUUUCAGCCAAUUUUGAACACAGUAAUACAGCUUCUUUUAUAUUGCUUUCCACAGCUAUGGUGAGAGUGCGUGGUGCCGAUGGCACUAAGCACCCCGCCCGAGUUUUGCUGGACAACGUAAAAGCUGUUCAUAUCGAGCUCGUCACCGCAUUGUCAUCGGAGGCGUACAUAGCUGCUCUCAAAAGAUUCGUGUCUCGUCGAGGCAAGCCCCGCAGCAUAUGGUCCGACAAUGGGACAAACUUUGUUGGUGCUUGCAACGAACUCAAAGGCGUCCUUUCAAACUCAGACAUUGCGUCAUUCAUGUCUCAAGAAGGCAUAGAUUUUAGUUUUUCUCCACCUUAUUCCCCUCAUUUUAAUGGUCUGGCUGAAGCAGCGGUUAAGGCCACUAAAGGCCAUCUCAAAAAACUCCUCAGUCUUACUCACCUCACGUAUGAAGAAAUGUCUUCGUGCUUAUGUCAAAUUGAGGCCAUUCUAAAUUCCCGUCCACUUACUCCUAUUUCCUCCGUCCGUCCGUUAGAUUUAACUGCCCUUACUCCUGCUCACUUUCUGAUUGGACGACCGCUCACGUCAGUUCCGCACCCGCAGAUUACCGACGGCAACAUCACGCGCUUGGAGCGCUACCAACGAGUGGAACUCAUCAGGCAGCAUUUUUGGAAGCGCUUUAUUAAUGAAUACAUUUCUCUGCUGCAGCAGAAAUCUAAAUGGUCCACCUCUACAGGGAGCUUGAUACCAGGGACGCUAGUCCUUGUGAAGGACAGGACGCUACCGGCUCUGUUGUGGCCUUUGGGCCGCAUUACCAAGACGUAUCCGGGCAGCGACGGCAUCACACGGGUCGCAGAGGUCAAGACGAGGACGGGGACCGUGGUGCGAGGCUUCAACUCCAUCUGUCCCCUCCCUCUUCAUUGAAGUACCCAUAUAUACUUCAACCCGGGCAGUCUGUCGAUGCACGGACAUCGACGAUCGCGCGGCGCGGGCGCCGGGAGGAGGACAGCGGCGCGGGGUAGCGGAUUGACACCGGCUUCGUCACUUCGUGCAGCAACGCCGCCCGCGACACUUACUUGUUUAUCUUGUUUUACUCUUUUUAUAAACUUACCAAAUAAUACA